AUGUCCGAUCUAAAUUCGAUCGUGGACACGGAAAUCACGUGGGAUAUGGUGGAACAUGAUAUACAGCUUCAGUACAAGACGUCCGCCAAGACCGGCCCGAAGCGUUCAGCUGUACACCUCGGAGAUCACAACGGAUACAUCUCAAAGUGCGCACUAAUCACAUUUGACUGGACGAAUGACCAAGAAAAGCUUCCCCGUCAGGGCAUUGUGAAGAUCGUUUUCAAAGAUAAAAAUACAACAGCUAUGCGAUAUCUAAUGGCGCCUCACGAUGACGCGGCGCUGCAAGCGGGAAUUCUGAACGACACCGAGCUACAAGUCUUUCAAGCCAUGACUGAUCUGGGCAAAACGCCCGAAAUUCCGCUUCCACGCUUUGUCUCUGGACGACCUUAUGGGGUGGAUGGCCUUUCAGCAGGGUAUCUAAUCGUCGAGAAAAUUGAUGAUUUUCACAAUGUACACAUCUACGAAGACUUGGAGGAAAGCUCCGCUCUAGCUGGCGUGAAAGUUUUGGCAGAGAUGACGGUUUUUUCCCUGAACAAUCCGGAAGCCGUGCGAAAAUUGGCCGAGAACCAGACGUUCGAGAUUAAUUUUGGGGAUUUUGCUUCGAGAGCGAAAAUCGAGCGCGGCAUCGGUGCGAUGGCUGAAAAAUAUAAAGACAAAUAUGAAGAGAUCCAAUCUUUGAAAGCUGUAACUCAUUGUUUUGAUACGAUCGAGAAGCUGGGGGAGACGAUGACCAAAAAUAUUCGGGCUCUCCUCCUUGUUCAUGGUGAUAUGUGGCCGGGAAAUAUUCUAUGGUCCAAAGGAGCAGAUGGAAAUUUGGACGUGAAGCUGGUGGUCGAUUGGCAGCUUGCCCAUAUCGGAAAUCCUUGUGAGGAUUUGGUGCGAUUUCUAGCGAAAGGGUUGAGUGGAAAAGAAUAUGCGGCUCGGCGGGAUUUCUAUUUGAAAGCGUUUUAUGAUCAAGUGGCUGCUGGAGUAAAUAAAGCAGUGUUGCCUUGGAAAGAUCUAAAUGAGUUCAUCGCCGAGUACGAACGUAUCUUCCCUAUCAUAUUCUUGAUCUGGCUCCCGCCCUUCAUUUUGUUAGUUACUGACGAGCAGAUCAGAGGAAAGGGACCCAACGCGGAGCAGCGGCUGCUAAAUUUCCGGGCGAAAUUCCGGGGUAUGGUCGACGAAGCGGUGCGAUGCAUGAAAAGGAGAUAC